AUGGCGGCGGGCGGCGGGGCGGCGCGGGGCGAAGGGGUUGCCCCCACCACCGCCGGCACCGGCACCAGCACCAGCUUCCGGCGCUCGGGCGGCAGCCGCCUGGCCGCCGUGCCCGGCACUCGGCCCGCUCUCCGUCACGGGCGGCUGCUGAUCUCCUGCGGGGUCCCCUCCCUGGACUGUGUGCUAGGUGGAGGCUUAGCUGUUGGAACCCUUCUUCUAAUUGAGGAAGAUAAAUAUGGGGUUUACUCCAGUCUGCUGCUGAAAUAUUUUCUCGCAGAGGGAGUUGUCUGUGGACAUGACUUGUUUGUUGCUUCUGCUCAGGACCCUCCAGCCAACAUCUUAAAGGAACUUCCAGCCCCUUUGCUUGAUGAUAACUUCAAAACUGAACGAGUAGAAGCAACAGCUGCCAAGUCUGAAGAUUGUCAGGACUCUAUGCAAAUAGCCUGGCGCUACCAAAAUGCACCAAAAGUGGAGACCAGCCCAACAACAUCUAUAAAGUUUGGACAUUAUUAUGAUGUUUCUAAAAAAAUGUCUCCAGAACUGCUUCAAUCCAUAAGAUGGCACAGUUUUUUCCUUCCUGACGAAUUGCCUUUAGAGCCUAAACUAAAAAUGUGUAAUAUGAACUGUGGUUAUGCAAGGCUGCUUCAGUCCAUUCAGAGUGUCAUUUGCCAGGAGGGAUUUGAUGGCUCUCAUCCCCAGAAAAAACAAAAGAAUAUUUUACGGAUAGGAAUUCACAGUCUUGGUUCCCUGUUGUGGGACGAUGACAUUUGCAGCACCAAUACUCCUGAAGAUAUUCAUAGCAUUACAAAAUUUCUGUACAUUCUACGUGGCCUCCUCCGAAAAUCUUUAUCAGCUUGUAUCAUCACAAUGCCCUCUCACCUUAUUGAGAAUAAAGCAAUUAUGGAACGUGUAACAAACUUGUCAGAUAUGGUAGUUGGUCUUGAAUCAUUUAUUGGCUCUGAGAGAGAAACCAAUCCAUUAUACAAGGAUUACCACGGUUUGCUUCAUGUGCAUCAGAUUCCUCGGCUUAAUAGCUUGAUCUGUGAUGUGUCAGACACGAAGGACCUUGCUUUUAGAUUAAAAAGGAAGCAGUUCACCGUUGAGCGCCUGCACUUGCCUCCAGACUUGUCAGACACAGUGAGCCGCUCAAGCAAACAGGAUCUGGCAGAAUCCGCCAAACUGCUGAGCUCAGGAUGUGGUGCUAUGGCCAUCGGCAAGAAGCACCUGGACUUCUAGUGAUUUCUACUUAGCAGUUCCACUCAGAUUUGUAUGACACUCUAAUUAUGAGUGUUAAUGACUUAUAUAAAUAUUUUUCUUAAUGAUUUGACCCAGCAGUCUUUAAAAAUACACGUUAUCAUAUGGUGCCUUAUUUUUUUUUUGUCCUGGUUUCUUUGUGCUAAUUUGGGGCUUGAUUGGAUUUUGCUUUUGGUUAAAGCUUCUGUUAUGUUGGUUCCUGCCAUUGUUCUGCCCUACUGGAAAUGUACAGUGUUUUUAUCCUUUCCUUCAAAUAUGAAAAUGAAUAUUGCUCCUUCAUUUCUGUUUUUUUAAUAAUAAAAAUAAAAGAUUUUUUUCAUGGUG